AACCGUUUAUUAUUUACACACGCUGGAUCUAAAAAUUCGUAUUGUAAUUGUUGGAGGCUACAUUAGGAAACUGGACGGGUCGCUCAUUUCACCCCCUCUCUCUCCCCCCUCCCUUUCCUCCUUAGCCAGGCACAGCCACAUCUGUCAGCACUCAGAGCCCGGUGGCGAGGUGGAGCGAGCAGAGGGCCCGGUAUGCAGCAGGGCCGGCCCAGGAGACGGUGGAAGCUGCUCAGCUCGCUGCGGCCGCCUUGUUUAUUCGCCCUGACCUCGCAUUCUCUCCGAGGCCACACGACCUGCCGCUGUGAAAGGAGCCAUUGUCCUGCAAGAGAAGUCUGUUACAAGUAUUUGCUGGGGGGGGGAGUGCGGCGCUGUGGCCCACAGCCAGACAGACCCGAGCUGUAAAAUUUUUUGGAAUUAGCCGCCUCCACCCCCGUUCCUUUUAACUGGGGUUCAAAUUAUACCCCCACGUUUUUAUUAAUGAGAUCACACUGUCACAGAUUAUUAGUCAUUUAAUAGCCUUAACAUCAGCGUCCUGUGAUUUCCUUUGGCCUAAAUUUAUCCCAUAUUUCAGCAUUUUAACAGAGCAUGCAGCACGUGUGCAGGGACGGCACAUGCAAUGACAUCAGUGCAUUACAGCGCUGGACCAGGCGGACACCCUCACCGGCGCAUUGACAUGCAACAACGCUAAUGGUGGCCGGGACAGGAGGGCCUAAUCUUCACUAACUGACAAGAUUUAAAUUGAGGAGACAUCUUCCGCUGAUUAGCUCCCACACCCACAAUUAUCCAACUGGGGUGUCAAGCAAGGUUUAACAUCUCCACUGAUUCUGCUCUCCUGAGACAUUCGGGAGGCAAUGCAAUCGCUUUUAAUAACUGCCUCGCUCCCUCCCUCCAUCCCUCGCUCGCCCCUUCUCCUCCUCGACGCCCAAUGCUCCUUGUGCAGUGCAGCAUUCGUGCCCCCCCCCCUUUCUAUUUCUCUUUUUUUCUGCCUCUGUUUCUCUCUCUCUCUCACCUUCCUCCAUUCACCCUCCCCGCAGCCCCCAGUUCCCAGCCAUUCAAGUUCCCUUCAAAAUUAACCUUUCCUGCAAAAAUAUAAUUUCUCACAAAAUGAACCACACUGAGCGAUUUUUUUUAUCUCAAAUAAUUUAUUCAAAUUGCCCAACUCAGAACAGCAGAGAAAUCUGUACGCUGAGUGGACCCCACAAUUUGGAUCUAUCUCAUUUCUCUCCUCUAAAGCCAGAGGAGAGAGAAAGUUUAUGUACCUUGCUGUCUUCUGGCAAAUAAGGGGACGGCUUUGCCUCCACCUUCUAUCCCCAGUGCUCUGGCAGCGGUAUCCCCCUCGAGUGUACACCUUAUUAAAAUUCAUCUGAUCUGAAUAUUUUUGCAAAUAUAGUCUGAUUGCUCACCAUGACAUGAAACAUCCCUGUGUGUUAUUUUAAUCACACGCACCCCAACGGGCAACGUAUAUGAUGGCUGUGACAUUGAAGUCCUCCACUGCUUGACCCCAUUUUAUGAGUGCACGUCAUUUUAGGAGAGACCGGUGGGCGGUGGGGGUGGUUUGGAAGUUACCUGGAAUGAUGGACACGCUUGAUAAUUCUUCCCUCUUUUUUCUUCAAAUGUUCACACAGCAUCAGCUCAGCUUAAAGCCCCUCUCAAUCACACUGACGCACCCCCCCCCCCUCCUGCUUCCCUCUCCCUCUAAUGAACUGUUUUCUUCUGGUGAUGGAACGGGGACACAAAGCAAUCACUGCCAGAAGAAUCCACGAACAACAUCCUCUGGAGUCAAGCUUGUGUUCUGGAGUUCCGGCAAAACGGGUGUCGGGGUGCAGUGGAAUGCCGUCACGCUCCUACCGAGUGUGAUACAAAUGCCCCACCAACGUGUUCAUAAGUGGCUUAGAUGUGGAGUCACCGAUAGCCAACAGUCCCAAGGGGAACCAAGGCUCCAGUAUCAAACCCCCCCCCCACUCUACACCACAUCCAUCUCCAACAAAUCCAGUGGGGUGCAUUUGCUGCUGACCACCCACUCACACGCGUCCCUUUCUCGACACAGCACUAGGUUUCCCUUGCAUGACAAGCCCAGGCUUCAGAAAUGGGUUGACAACAUGAAGCGGGAGGACUGGACUCCGAGUCGCCAUCAGUACCUGUGCAGCGAGCACUUUACAGAGGACUGUUUUGAUAUUCGAUGGGGCAUCCGCUACCUCAAGAACACAGCCGUCCCAACUGUUUUCCCUUUGGUUGAAAAUGAUGGUGAGAAUAAAGGGAGCAUCGUUAAAAGGAACGCCAAAGCCAAGCCAUCAGAACCCUGCUCAUUGGAAGACCUCACAGGAUUAGACUCAGCUCUUUGUAAAAGGCCUCUUAUUUUGAGCAGACCAUGCAAAAAGGUCCAGUCAACCUUGACAAACAACACCGUGGCUGGAGACACGGAGGUUACAUUUGAACUGCCUCUAGUUUUGGGCACUGGCGUCUCCUCUCACUCAGAUCACCCGGAGACACAGACGCACACUGAUGCUUAUGAGAUAGUGGCUGACAACAGCGUGCAAACUGCAGAGUCUCCGUGCAGUGAGUCGUGCUCUGAGGACCAGAUUGACUCUACGGUGACAGUGUUGUGUUGCCAGUCUUUAGACCGUUUCUCUGAUGGGGAGGCAGCUUUGUGCCAAUCAUUCAGCUUUGUUCCCAUGGAGAUGGUUGGGGAUGACCCCGCGGGAUGCUUCUUGGAGGAAAGUGGGCCCAGAGAUGGAGAGCACGUUUCUGUUUAUGAGCAUUCAUACUGCAGGCCGCACACGGACAAGGAUCAGCUGUGGGGCAAGAUUGUAAGUCUGCAUACAAAGAUCCUGGAGCUGGAUCGCAGGGAGGAGAGCACCAUGGCUAAGAUCCAUGCUCUGGAGACUGAGAUUGCCAUUCUGAAGAAGGACGGUGCAGUUUUUAAAGAGAAACAGAAAGUUUUAGAAGAAUAUAUUUCAACCAUGGUGCUCUGAGUGUGAAAAAUUACUGUUUAUGUGGAUGUAUUUCCGGUAUUUCAGGUAUUUGUACUUCAUAUAUGUUACACAUGCACAUAUACAUAUUACUACAGGGCAGCAUUAAUUGUGCUUGUUAUUUUGCAACUCUUGUACUUUGUUCUGUUACAUGGUUCAGUAUAUUUAUAUUAUGAUUGUUUAGCAAAUUAUCUUAUGUCCACACGAUGGCACUGUUUGACCAGAUGUAUUGGCUGUGAUCAGUACCAUUAGUACUUAUCAGUGAGUAUGUGCGUUUGUCUACUACAUACCUGUAGUAUUAUCAUAUACUUUAUAAAAAAAUUUCUCACUUUUGUUUGUAUGUAAUGUGAAGUGUUUGUUAAAAUGCCAAAUCAUUUUCUUCAGUCAUGUCAAAGUGUGAUGGAACAGAUUUCACAGUCCUGGAAUCAUCAAGAUUAAUUUCACUAAGUGAUGGAUCUACUUCUAUGUAGAAUAAAGUUUAUGGUAAAUGUGCUCAUGGUGAUUGUUAUAAACCUCACAGCAUCAUAACAACCAGCAGAAUUCACCUCUGUGUCUCUUCAGUCAGUAUAGAGUAAAUACAGUGUUUUGGCCAAUGGAGAUACCUAUUCCUAUUCGAUGCUGCUUUCCCGAUUGAAGUGCACUAUACCCUGCCUCUGUAGUGAAGCGUGCCUGCUGAGCAGUGGCCAUAUUGCUUUAAUGAUUUUGAACCUGCUCCUGUGGUGCAAGUAGGAACGACCCAACUGCAGGCAAACCAGCAAGUCAGCUGUUGUUACAAAAGGAAGAAGCAGUAUUUUCUUUAAUUGGCCAAUAUGUUGUUAGUGGAUAACUGAUGUUAGCCUCAAACAAUCUGCUUUCGGCAAAUGCAAUGUGUGCGAGACGGGGAGAGAGAGCAAAACGCUAAAUUGGUUUUAGAAUUAAAAUGAGCACGUUCACCUAAAAGGAUUUACAAAGUGCAAUUUCAAAUGCCUCCAAGAUGCGAUGCUGCGCGUCUGCUCUGCCGCAGCAGUAGAACGUAGGAUGGGUCCUAAAAACCAGGACUUGAAUUGAAUUAUUUUAAUUCUGUUGUUCUGUCUUUCAAAGAGGAAAAUGUAGAACACUAAUGCACCAAGCUCACAUAAAACACACAUUAAAGAGGUAAGUGUAGGUCUGAGAACAACUGUGCUGUAUUACACUGGAGCUUUUUUGUUAUUUAUUUGAAUGAAUAUAACAAACAGUGUGAUCAAACAAAACCAAUCGAUACAAUUAAAAACAAACAAAUGCUUUGUGAGCAGAAAGUACAGAACCAAGAUCUGUCAAUAUUUAUUUAAAAAAACAUAUGUGAGAUUCUUAAACCUUUUAGAUCCCUGUCAGCAUAUUUUAAAACAUGUGUCUUAUUUGGUAAGUUAUAAUUCUGAUUUCUUUACAUAACAUUGGAAUCGUUAACCUUUCUUUUCAUUUAUACAGCAGGUUGAAAUAAAUAAUUCAUAAUAGAA